CGGCAGGAUGACGGACACCCGGCGCAGGGUGAAGGUGUACACGCUAAAUGAGGACCGCCAGUGGGAUGAUCGAGGCACGGGACAUGUGUCCUCUUGCUACGUGGAGAGGCUCAAGGGCAUGUCCCUGCUAGUCAGGGCAGAGAGUGAUGGCUCUCUUCUUUUGGAGUCCAAAAUUAAUCCGAACACUGCGUACCAGAAGCAACAGGUGGUCUUCCUAAAUCCCUUUCUUCUGUGUACCACCUCUUCCUCAACCCUUUGGAAAAGGAAAAGAGAGUCUUCUGGGGCCUGCAAAAAUGAGAAAAUAGAUAGUAACUUUGAUCCUACAGAAAAAGAUACCUUGAUUGUGUGGUCUGAAGCUGAAAAUUAUGAUUUGGCACUUAGCUUUCAAGAAAAAGCAGGUUGUGAUGAAAUAUGGGAAAAAAUAUGUCAGGUUCAAGGCAAAGACCCUUCAGUGGAUAUUACUCAGGAUCUUGUUGACGAAUCUGAGGAGGAACGCUUCGAUGAUAUGUCAUCCCCAGGCCUAGAGCUGCCCUCCUGUGAGCUCAGCCGACUGGAAGAGAUCGCCGAGCUCGUGGCGUCUUCACUGCCUUCGCCGUUACGGCGCGAAAAACUCGCGUUAGCACUGGAAAAUGAGGGUUACAUUAAGAAGCUCUUAGAAAUUUUUCAUGUGUGCGAAGACUUGGAGAACAUUGAAGGACUACACCACUUAUACGAAAUCAUUAAGGGAAUUUUCCUUUUGAACAGAACUGCACUUUUUGAAGUCAUGUUUUCCGAGGAAUGUAUAAUGGAUGUAAUUGGAUGCCUAGAAUAUGAUCCGUCUUUAUCACAGUCACGGAAACACAGGGAAUUUCUGACUAAAACAGCAAAAUUUAAAGAGGUGAUACCUAUAUCUGAUCCAGAGCUGAAGCAAAAAAUUCAUCAGACAUACAGAGUACAGUAUAUUCAAGAUAUGGUCCUACCCACUCCCUCAGUUUUUGAGGAAAAUAUGCUAUCAACACUUCAUUCUUUCAUCUUUUUUAAUAAGGUGGAAAUAGUUGGCAUGUUACAGGAAGAUGAAAAAUUUCUGACAGACUUGUUUGCACAACUAACAGAUGAAGCCACAGAUGAGGAGAAAAGACAGGAACUGGUAAAUUUUCUGAAAGAGUUUUGUGCAUUCUCACAAACACUGCAGCCUCAAAACAGAGAUGCAUUUUUCAAAACUUUGUCCAAUAUGGGCAUACUGCCUGCACUAGAAGUCAUAUUGGGUAUGGAUGAUGCACAAGUACGAAGUGCAGCCACUGAUAUCUUCUCAUAUUUGGUUGAAUACAACCCAUCCAUGGUACGAGAAUUUGUCAUGCAGGAAGCGCAGCAGAAUGAUGAUGAUAUAUUACUCAUUAACCUCAUUAUAGAACACAUGAUUUGUGACACAGAUCCAGAACUUGGAGGAGCAGUGCUACUCAUGGGUUUGCUUCGUACUUUAGUUGAUCCAGAAAAUAUGCUUGCCACUGCCAAUAAAACAGAAAAGACAGAGUUCUUGGGUUUCUUCUACAAGCAUUGUAUGCAUGUUCUGACAGCCCCUUUAUUGGCCAAUACCACAGAGGACAAGCCUAGCAAAGAUGAUUUUCAGACAGCCCAGCUCUUGGCAUUAAUACUGGAAUUGCUAACUUUCUGUGUAGAACAUCAUACCUAUCACAUAAAAAACUACAUUAUUAACAAAGAUAUCCUGCGAAGGGUACUCGUGCUCAUGGCCUCAAAGCACGCCUUCUUGGCAUUGUGUGCCCUUCGUUUCAAGAGAAAGAUAAUUGGGCUAAAGGAUGAAUUCUACAACCGUUACAUAAUGAAAAGUUUUUUGUUUGAACCCGUGGUCAAAGCAUUUCUAAAUAAUGGUUCCCGUUACAAUCUGAUGAACUCUGCCAUAAUAGAGAUGUUCGAAUUUAUCCGAGUGGAAGAUAUAAAAUCGUUAACAGCACAUGUAAUUGAAAAUUACUGGAAGGCUCUGGAAGAUGUAGAUUAUGUGCAGACAUUCAAAGGACUGAAACUACGAUUUGAGCAACAAAGGGAAAGACAAGAUAAUCCAAAACUUGACAGCAUGCGCUCCAUUUUGAGAAACCACAGGUACAGAAGGGAUGCAAGAACCCUGGAGGAUGAGGAGGAAAUGUGGUUCAAUACUGAUGAGGAUGAUAUGGAAGAUGGAGAGGCAGUGGUGCCCCCUUCUGACAAGCCUAAAAAUGAUGAGGAUAUUAUGGACCCUAUCAGUAAAUUUAUGGAAAGAAAAAAAUUGAAAGAGAGUGAAGAAAAGGAAGUUCUUCUGAAAACUAACCUUUCAGGUCGUCAGAGCCCGAGUUUCAAGCUUUCUUUUUCCAGUGGUACAAAAUCUAACCUUACCAGCCAGUCAUCUGCAAGUAAUCUGCCUGGAUCCCCUGGGUCUCCUGGGUCUCCAGGGUCCCCUGGCUCCCCUGGAUCAGUUUCUAAAAGCACAUCUCAGAUGGCAGCUAUUACAACUAAGGGAGGCCUCGUUGGGCUUGUAGAUUAUCCUGAUGAUGAUGAAGAGGAUGAUGAAGAUGAAGAUAAAGAGGAAACUUUACCUUUGUCAAAGAAAGCAAAGCUUGAGUCAUCAUAAUGGCAACUGCUGAAGAACAUUACCAGUUGGGGAGGGAUUUUUUUUCCAAAAACAAAACAAACCCACAGCAAAGCAGCAAUCUUUUGUGAAUUACUGUGUAUGACACAGAUCAACCUAUACAAAUGGAUUUCUGCCAAUCAAGUGCCAAUUCAAAGGAGCAGAAGAAGUAGAAAUACUUCAUUUAGGGGAAAGACUUAUGCCUUUGAGCUCUCCAGCUUGGACCACGUUGCCCUUUUCUCAGGGAAGGAAAUGGAAAACAAAACAAAACAAAAAAAGAAAAAAAAGAAAAAAAGAAAAAAAAGCCAACAGGGCAGGAGUUUUGUUAGUGGAACUCUGGAUUGGCUGGUCAGUUGCUACAAUCAGAAUAUGCUUUCUUGGACCAUGUGUGAGACUUCUGAAGAAAAGGCGGGUUUUGCCAUAAUUCUUCACUAGUUAAGAAUGCCAGCAGUUUCUUUGUAUAAAAGAGACCUGCCUUUGAAAUCGUACAUUCUGAACAUUUUACUCAAGCUACAACAGGUUUUAAAAACCUCUGCGGGGGAGGGCCGAAUAUAAAGUUUCCUCUUUUUUUUUUAAAUCUGUUCCCUUUGCCCUUUAAACUGCAGAAAUUUUUUUUUGAGGUGGGGGAUUUGUUUGUCCCUUCUUGAUUAAAGAUUGAGUGGAAUUCUAGAUGUGGUCACUUUUGUGUCAUAAUUUUUUUUGCCCCCCUGAGUGUAUGCUUAGUUGUUGAGUAUAUAUUUGGGACCAUUAAAAUUUUUUGAUGUAAUAUAA